AUGCAGGAGGUCUACGCGGAUGCCGAGCAGUCAGAUCAGUACCACCCGGACGCCAUUGGCAUCGAGUCGGUGCAGCCGCAUCGUCGCUGGUUCGUCUCGCACUACGCUCAUUUACAAGCCUUCCUGCAGCGCCAGCCGGUUCUACGCCGGGCGAAUAUCAUCUGUCGCUGGCUGGAGAGUACGUACCGCGACAACUCGCGGCACGAACCGCGACUGCAUGGAGAGGAAGAGGUGGUGCUCCGCCAGCUCAUCUUGACGUACCUGCGCGGUGGCGAGCUGCAUCGCGCCAUUAGCGCCGCCGUCACGUACGAGAGCUGCGUACACAGCUGUAUUCUCAGCGCAGCCCAGCUGCAGACGGUGCAGGAGCCGUGGUUCAGCCAAACCGCUUUGGUGCCUCUAUUUGGCGAGUACGCACAUGGUGAAUUGGAUCAGGCGUGGUGCGGCAACGAGUACCGCCUUGACAACCUCUCGCAGCUGUACGAAGAGUCCCUUAAGUACCGCAGCGCCGCCGCCGCUGUUGGCGUACAGGGAAGCGCGGCGACGCCGACGCCGAACGCUGUAAGCGACUUCGAUGCCGUGAUUGGAGCGGCGCUGUGCGGAAACCUUACCGUGUUGGAGAACGCCUUCAAGAUGAACGGAAAUUGGAAGGACAUAGUGUGGUGCUACCUGCGGUGUGCGCUGGUGAUCGCCUUCACAAAGCAGGUGAUGGUUGCCACCGGCGCCAGUGGCGAGGAGCCUGGGCGACCGGCAGCUGGCGCCGUCGACCGCAGCUACGCAGCUUUUAUCGAGGAAAUGACGGGUAGUGGUGAUAACUGGGCGGCGAGCUUCUCGCAGAAGCUGGUGCAGGGCCUCACUGCCCGCUUGCAGUCCGGCUUUCUGACGCGCGCGCCGCUGGAAGAGCAGCUACAGAUGCGCUUCAUCUUGCAAACGCUGACGUGCAUGGAUGGAAAGGGUUCUCUGCUGUCUACAGUACCCUCCGCGGUGCCUGCGUCGGAGGCUUUGGUGGGUGCGACCGAGUGGUUUGACAUCGUCCCUGAAGAAGGAAAAAGUGAAGCUGCGCGGCUGAUCACACACGUAGUGCUCGUGCAGGACGUUGCCUACGGGGAAACGCUGAGCCCGCACGCUGUUCAGGUGCGCGCCGGCGCAUCCUUGGCGACGUCGCUAGCACGAUACGCGGUUUUCUUGGCGCUGCUGCCGCGCUACCCAUUCGACGAGGGGCUGCGCGCCGUCACCGCCAUGACGCUGCGGCUACGCGACCCGCGGCACCGCGCCAGCGUCUACGCUGCCUUCAUCAAGGCUGCACGCGAGUACGAGCUGCAGCGACAGAACCUCUCUCGUAGUGAACUCGAGGAGCAGGAAGCCCGCCUGGUGCGUCAGUUUGUGACCGCCGACAGCGACGCAAGUGUGCAUGCUGAGGUACAGCAACUCCUCUCUCAGCAGAUCGCAGUGACAGAGCUGCUUACGCACAACAAACUUGCUGAGAAGCUCAUGUGGGAGGCCAUGCACGCGGACUCUUUGUCCGACUACCUCACAGUUCUCCGUCGCGGUCUGUCGGCGUGCUGCAGCUUCUGGCUCACGGAGCCAGAGCCUGAGGUGGAGGCGAUCGCAGAUGUGAGCAGUAUCCUGACGCGCCGCGUCUUGGUGGAGAUACAGAGGCGGUCUGGGCUGCAGGAGGCCGACUAUGCCGGCGAACUCACAGCGAGAGCGGCAUUUUCAUCAGCUCCGUCACCGUCCGCGAGCCCUGUGACGGAGCUCGAGCGCAGCGAAGCGACCUUCUGGUAUGUGCUAAGCGAGGCCCGCGGUAUUGCGACGGAGCACGCGACAAUCACUGCACAGCUAAACGCCGCCAAGCACACAGCCGCCUUUGCUGGGGCUGCAGCGGCGUCGAACCGCACACUCAUCUACCAGCUCACGCAGGAUGAGGCAGUGCUGCUAUGCAAGCUGUUGGAGCACACCCAGCGUGCUGUUCGGCACGGUGGUGCCGUCGUAUACCGCGACCGACAGUGCCUGACCGCCAUCGUAACUUUGGUCCGGCAGUUGACGGAGGCGGUGACGUUGUCGAUGCUGUCUGGCGUGGUUGAGGGCGAUGUCGAGGAGGAGAGCCCCGACCCACGCGACGAACUCACACGCAUGCAGCAGGUGUAUGGGCUGAUGGAAGAGCUUCACAUCGCCGGCUACCUGGAUCCGGUACUGCUUCCUCAGCAAAGCGCCAGCGCACUUUACGCUCAGAUACGUGCCAUGCGUGUGUCUUAUGGGCAGCGCGUGCACAAGCGGCAGGUGGUGGCAGCGCUGCGCCAGCGGACUAACGGGACUGCAGCAGAGACUAACCGUGUUGGCGCCGUCGUGCCUGUCGGCGGUGAAUGA